AUGGCUUCGGAGAAUAAUUCUAUCAGGGACAACCGUGCGUACAGCACAGAUUUAAAAGGAUCUCAACUGCAAGAAAAUGCUCGUCGUCCGUCGAAUUCGUCGAGUGCCGAUCGAAACAACGUCAAGGCACAAUCUCGACCACAAUCGAAUUCGUCGAGUGCUGAUCGAGACAACGUCAAGCCACAAUCUCGACCACAAUCGACAAUUAAAGUUGUUGAAACUGUACCGAUCGAUCCGGACUAUAUGAUAAUCAGUGGCCAUUUGCGUAGUAGCGUCUGUUUUGGUUAUCCUGUUGCGCGAAGUAGCCAUGCAAAACUAGUGCACAAUGCUCAAAUAUUCAAAGAGCAUUUUGAAAUGGUUGCCUCGGAGCAACGAAGACACCCACAUUCGUUUCGUCGUAAAAAGGAUUGGCUCGGUCGAUGGACCGAGGCGAACAUCACAAGACAACGUCUCGUAAAAGAACUGCUUGAAAUGCAAAAGAAGACAACUACUCCCAGUGGCUAA